CAAAAAUAAUCAAAAACGAAAAUUCCCUCAACACAGGCCCAGAAGCUGUGUCUUCCUCCCAAAAUCGCCGCCGCCACGCCCAUGGUGAUACCAACCGAAGAAGAGGCUCCGUCAACGAGGGGGCCGUCACCUCCGCAGCUCACCGACGACGAUAUUGUGCGCUUGGCACGCGAACACCCUCAAACCUCCGCGUCCCUCCCAUCCUUCCUCCUAUCUUCGACCUCCCACCCUACCCUCAUCUCCUAUCUCCACUCACGCGCCGCCGCUGCCUCUCCCUCACUCGCCGUCGCUGACUACACUUUCUCACUUCUCUCCCUCAUUUCUCUCUCUCCUCAUUCCCCUCCUCUCUCCACUCUGUUCUCAUCGCUCCUCCUUGCCUACAUCAAACUCUUCAAUUCCCGCCAAAUCCCUCACGAUCGCAAUUCUCUGAAAACCAUCCAAAUCUUCUAUCUCCACCUCGAAAUCGCACCCAAUCACGAUCUUCUAGCUGUCGCAGACGCUAUCGUCUUCGAUUUGCUCCAAAUUGUCAAUCAAGAUGAUGCUCAACUCCUCGAUCUCCUUCCUCGGUGUCUCGACCUGAUUCGGAAUUCGGAAGAGAUCGAACGAGGUGGCGAUUUUGUGAAUUCCGUGGUUGAUCAUGUUCUUACGAGUGAUUGGUCCAAGGCUUUGCUUGUGAAGGUGGUUUCACUUCUUCGGGAAUUUUCGUAUCUGGAUAAGGGUAGGUGUAGGGAGUUUUUGGAGAAGGUAUUUGUUGGAAUGAAGGGAGUGGAUUUGCAGGACUUGCCGUCGCUGGUUUAUCAGUUACUCGUUUUGGCAUCUAAGGGGUUUAGUAAGAGGGAAGUGAUUGAAGGGAUUGUAAUGUUUUUCGGGUCAAAAAUGGGGUCAAAGGCAACUUCUAUUGUUCGGCAGGUUGAAGGGACUGUGUUGCUUCAUGUGAAUUUUGCUGUCAAGCAGGAUCCUUCGUUGGGGCAAGAGGUUCUGGGCCUAGUCAGGUCAGAUCUUAGGGUUUUUAAUAAUUUUACUGUUGCCAUUUUGUUUUCCCUGGCAAGGGUUCGGAGGUUUAGUGAGAGUUCCAUGGGGAUUUUGAAGGCUGCCCUGAUCAUGGCAUAUCGGGACUUCAAGUCUGCAGAGGACUGUAAAUGGCUAUCAAAUGAUUUGAAGGAAGGAUAUCUGCAGACUGUCAAAAUAGUAGAGAAGGCUGUUCUGCGAGCUGUUAAUGAUAGCAACUAUGGAAGGGAGCAUAUUGUGCCCAGUAUUGUACAGUUAGGUUUCAUAUUGCUGGAGUCAGCAGAAGAUAGAAACCAAAAAGCAUUCUACAAUUCCAAUGGUCUGAUGGGUACAGAAGAACUUGGUAUUCAGAUGCUGAAAAGUUUGUUUGAUGUCCAUGAUAUGGCAAGAAAUGAGAUUAUUGAACAAUGCAAAUUUCGUAUCCUCUCUUUGAAGCCUGAACAGAGCAUGCCAAUCAUAAGACUGCUUGGUUAUCUGAUUCAGAGUUUACCCUACCCAAUGCUGGAACAUGUUUCACGUCUAAAGGAAUUUUUGGAUUAUUUCACAUUUAUGCAUGGCAAGAUAGCCAUCUGUUUUGUUACUGCUCUGUUGCCUCUCAUCAAAUUUAGUCGAGAUCUUCAGGAUUACACCAUAUUGGUUGUGCGCAAGGCUAUGUUUAGACGAGAAGAUACAGUUCGUAUUGCAGCAAUAAAUGCCAUUAUUGAUCUGGUUUUGGCGGAAAAACAAUCCAAAAGAGGUGGGCCAUAUUCUUUCCAGGACUCUUCAAGCCAAGCCAGUAGCAGCCAGCAAGCAGAGAUACCCUGCAGCUUGGGGGCUGGUCUAUUUCAAGAGUUGAGUGGUUUGCUGCAGAGAUGUCUUUGUCAGCAGGCAAAAGUCAAAGAGAUCAUGUACCAUGGGCUUGUAAAGCUUGUCUUGGUGGAUCCACUAACUGCUGGGCCUGUCUUGGAUUUUCUCUUGCCUCACUUUCUUCAUUUUUACAGGGAGCAGGAUGCAGAUGCUCAACUUGGCAUUAGCUGUUGUGUUAAAUCAGAAAGUGGGAAAGUUUGUAUUGAAGAACCUUUAGAUUGUCUCCUAUCCUCUAUCUCUUGGAUUCUCCUCCUUCAGCCACCUGGUAAAACUGAUCGCCCCUCAGAUUCAUCAUGGGCAUGUUUUGGUUUCUCUCUUUCACAGGAGAAUGAGGCUGGAAAAAUUCUGUCCAGUGAGUCAUUCACUAGUGCUUUAUUAAAGAUCCGCCAGUGUUUGAGAAGAGGAAAUAUGGAAGACAUUUUUGGUCAGACCCAGGAUACAGUCUCUAGAACAUCUGAAGACGAGAAGAGUAGAUGCUGUGCUUUGAUUUUGUCAGGAAUUGUUGAGGUUUUGUUGAAUACUAUUGCUACUGAGAUGGAGAAAGCGACUGACAUAGAAAAGGUAGAUCUACUAAAGGAGCUUAUUGAUUUUGUUAAUCAUUAUGAUUUUUUGAAAAAAAGUAGGUCUACGUCAAGGCAGCGGAAUGGUAUCAAAAGAGGGAAUCUAAGAACUGCGGUUCAUGAUAUACCAGAUAGCACUGAUUUGGGCCACAUGACAUUGUCCCAAGCACGAAUACCUUUCCUGGCAACUUCAAGUAUCUACCAGCUACUGCAAACAUUUCUGGACCUUUAUAAUAUUGAUUUCUCAAAUGGUAUUACAACUUCUCAGAACUGUAGCCAAUCAUCCUCAGGCAAAACUUUAGUUUGCACUUCAAAAAUGAUUUCCUUUGUCUUAAACGUUUCCCUCCAUCAAAUCAAAUCUUUCACCGUUUUGGGAAAAGAUGAUCCAUUAAAGACUUUGAUCUAUGGAGAAAUCGAGAUGCUGGGUCCUCCUUUGCUGAAAUUGAUUUGGUUACUCAAAUCAGAGCCUAAGUUGGAGGCAGAUCAAAAGAAGAAAGAAGGUAAGGGGAGGAAAGAUGUUGAGGACAGAAAGGAACACUUGCAUCUGGCCUUAGUUUGCUUGAAGGAAUUGAUAAAAAUUUGCUUGCAGAACCCACACCAGACCAGCUUGCUUGAAGAUUUAGUGUCUUUGUCUACAGUUGAGUAUCCACUGAGAAAUGUGGCUGAUGUUGGGUCCGAUGAUGAAUGUGAAAUAGCCUCUGGGACUGAUGAUCAAAACAUAAAAAGCAAAGUAUUGCUUAUAAAAAGAUGCGUAAGGCCAUUGUUCUCUGAGCUUCUUGGGCUUUCAUUUGUUCGUGAGGUUGAGAUUCUAUGUGAUAUAGUAAUGAUGAUUGGUAACAAGCUGCCCUGCAAAUGGAGGAACUUUCAUGGAGCCUGGGCUGUUCGUAUUUGCAACACCAGUGGUAUUACAAAUUCCAAGGUUGCAAAAAAUUUGGUUGACCUUGCUAUAUGUUUAAGCUCACCUCCAGAUGAUCUAAUUGUGGCUCAAGAAAUGGCGAAGGAGCUGUUAAAAGUUAUGGGAUCAGAGAGUAGCAAUCCACUGGAGACAUCUGAAACAUAUGCUAUCAUAAAUCAUUCAACAACCAGUGCAGUAGCUUCUUCUAUACUGGAGUUUAUUGAAUCAGUAAUAGUUGAUAUGGAUUGGGCUACAGCAAAGCUGAAGACAUUCUCUCCAGUUACUCUAGAAACUGCUUCCCUUGAUUUGAAUGGAGGACAUGCUCCGGCAUUGUCUUUGGAAGAAACUCUCUACUCAAGAGCUGAAGCGCUGGUUAGAGUCUUAUCUUCUUUUGUUUUAAUGAACAUGAAGGACCCUCAAGCAGAGCAUUUGCUUAGAUUGAUUACAAGGUUUUACAAGCAUUUAGCUCGAAUGUCGAAGCUUCGGAUUGCUCCUAAAGGCUGCAGGCAACUCUUACCUGGCCUUAAGUUCCAGAAGCUUGUGGAACUAACAUGCAGGCAGCUGACUGUUCCUCUAUAUAGCUUUGUGGCACUGAUGCAAAGGGAUCAACAAGAGAAUGCAAAGAGCAGAGGACUACUCAGCAAGAUUAAGAGGGAGAACAGAUGCAUCCCAGACCUGAUCUUCCAGAUAGAAGAUUAUGAAAAGUAUCUCAUCCAGCUCAGCAAGGCUACCAAAGUCAAUCUAUUGAGGCACGCUAAGCGUAGCACUUCCAGAGAUUUCAAAAUAUUAGACCACCCCAGAACCAACACCGGGGAAGAAGAGCCUCCAAACCACAAUCAUUCAACUGCAGUUCAGAAUGAAACAGGCCAGGAAUGUGAAGAUAAUGAAGGAAAUGGAUCAGAGAGGGCUCCAUCACCUGAACCCCACAGUCCCUUGGCUGCUGAGGAUUCUGAAUCUGAUGGUGAAGAUAGAGAUGCUCUUCCCAACCCCAAGAGAUCGAAGAUGAGUAAGGUUGUGCAGGACUCAGACGAUGAAGCAUAGCCAGCUUAUACACUCAUCAUGCACUAGGCAUCCUCAACUGAGUACAACGGGAUGCUUGUAUAUAGCUGGUAAAAGAACAAUAGAGGUUUUGAGAGUGAGUAUCCAAACAGGUUUUUUUGUCUCAUAAAUGAAAUGAAAGGUGUGGGAAGGAAAAGGACUCCUCGAUUCCA